AUGGUGGCGGACCUGUUCCGGGCGCGUGUCGAGCAGGAGUUGGAGGAGGAGGUGGAAGACUGGAGGGUCACGGAUUUCCAAGGGGAUCUCACACGCAAGGCGGUUAGCUCAGAUGCCAACGGUGACCGUAACGAUGAGUUUGUGCACCUCUAUGCGACGAGGCUUGAGAUGACGGAGGACUACUACUAUGACUUGCCGGAUCGUCGUAUGUGCAGUGAGAGGUUUGAUGUGAGCUCCUGUUCCACUCGUGAGAUGUGCCAGCUGAUGUGUCGAGAAAAGGGUUGUGAAAUCUUCUUUCGUCAUUUCGAAUGCUGCAAGAACUCCAUAUUUGCUGCUGUUUUCUUCGUGGCUACGACCCCGGCGACAGACGGCAGCAGUCGCGCCAUGUUCCAAUGGCAACGUGGCAAUUCGGCCGAAUUCGACCGGCACCAUCCAACUGUCACCGGUUUGUCUCCCCUCCUUGUCUUUUGGAUGCUGCGGCGCUUGUUGGCUCACUCUGCCCGUUUCCAGUACCAUUGCGGGAGGACAAAAGCCCGGUGCGAUGUGGAGUCGCACAUCCAAUGCCCUUCUGGACAGGAUGAAGAUAUGGAAACUGUGCAGGACAUCAGGCAACAGAUCCAUCCAGAGAUGGACGUGCUUUUUCAGACUGCGCUCAGCGAUAUUCAAAGGAGGCGGGUCAUUGAGGUCCAGCGGCCUUGCAUCAUGGAAUGGCGCAGCAAAAGGAAAAGCGGUCCUGUGCGUUGCGCCUCCGCAUCUGUCCUAUCAGCGUCAGCCGUGUUCCAAGCGUCAGAGCCUGCGGAGCCUCGCUUGGUGAGACUGGAAAGGAACUUCCCUAUCAGAAGUGGCCGGUGA